AUGGACGGUCAAUGGGAUUUAGUCAUAUCGUCUCUCCAAGAUAUAUACAACGCUAAUGAGGUUAUACAAUUUGACGAUGAUUUGAAUUCAAAAAGGAUACAGUUUGCAAAUCUGUCAGAUGAACAAUUGCAAAAUCAUUUAACAAAGUUUCAAGAUCAUAUGGAAAAUGUAAAGAGGGCCCAUCGUCUACUUGAUGCAGUUCGUGUAAAUUUGGAUACAAUUUUAGGGUAUACUCCUCCAGAUUCUUCUAUUCAACCAGCUCAUAAGGCUGCAAAGAGCCAAUCUAGGAAAAACACGGCUCCUACCGGCAUGGUAUAUUGGGUGAGUCAGUAUAAUCCAAGUGAGGGAAUUCAAAAUGGGUCUGAAGUUGCGUAUAAACCUAGGAAAGGGGGAGAUGGGGAAUGGUUUCAAUGUGAGGUUAUUAAAAUAGCCACAGACGGAAUGAAGUUUGAAGUCAGAGAUCCGGAACCUGAUGAGUUAGGUAAAACAGGUAAAAUCUUUAAAUGUACGUGGAAGGAUAUUAUUCUCAUUCCUUCCAUUAAUACACCGAAAUCGUUGACACCAAAUUAUCCGGCAGGAUCUAAGGUUCUGGCUAGAUAUCCUGAAACAACAACAUUUUAUCCGGCAGUAGUGAUUGGCAGUAAACGCGACGGGACUUGUCGUCUUAGAUUUGACGGUGAGGAAGAAGUGGACAAAGAGACAGAAGUACCGAGGAGGUUAGUAUUACCAUUUCCAAUGGUAUCAUCUUCUCCUGCAAAAAAGUAA